CCGCCGCCGCCGGGGGCUCCGUUUGGCCCGGGCAGCUGCGGCUGCAGCCCCCCGGCCCCUGUGCCGCCGUGGCGGGAGCGGACACACAAUGCGGGACUAGGCGCGGAGCGGGAGGCCGGGCGGCGUGGGGGAGGCACGGCCCGCAACUCCGCGCUGGGGGAGUCCGAACGCCGGGCGUGGGGGCGGGGAGCAGGCGGCGCAGGAGAGCACCCAGAGUCCCGGCGCGGGAGGAGGAGCGGGAGCGAGCCGGCGAAACGGCGCUCCUGGCCGCACCUGCACCCGGCAGGCGGCCGGCCCAGCCCUGCCCCUGCCCCUGCCGCUGCCCGCGGCCCCAGCCCCGCACUGGGACACAUGGAAGCCAUCCGCCCACUAGCCGAAGAUCAGCCGAGCCCUGGGACUAAUGGUUACCCACACUGCUGAGAAUGGCACCGUCGCCCAGCCAGGCACCAGGACAGAGGACAACCCAGGACACUCCUGGAGAGUGAUCCUGAUGUCUGUUCUGAGCUGCGCAGUCAAGGGUGUGAUAACUGGCCCCAGUAGGCACCAUGGCUUCUGCGGAGCCCUUGACAGCACUGUCCCGCUGGUACCUGUACGCCAUCCACGGCUACUUCUGCGAGGUGAUGUUCACGGCGGCCUGGGAGUUCGUGGUGAACUUUAACUGGAAGUUCCCGGGGGUCACGAGCGUGUGGGCGCUCUUCAUCUACGGCACCUCGAUCCUGAUCGUGGAGCGCAUGUACCUGCGCCUGCGGGGCCGCUGCCCGCUGCUGGUGCGCUGCCUCAUCUACACGCUCUGGACCUACCUGUGGGAGUUCACCACCGGCUACAUCCUGCGCCAGUUCAACGCCUGCCCCUGGGACUACUCCCAGUUCGACUUUGACUUCAUGGGCCUCAUCACCCUGGAGUACGCAGUGCCCUGGUUCUGCGGGUCCCUCAUCAUGGAGCAGUUCAUCAUCCGGAACACCCUCCGCCUCCGCUUUGACAAGGAUGCCGAGCCCGGGGAGCCCGGCGGCCCCCUGGCCCUGGCCAACGGCCACGUCAAGAUUGACUGAGAGGGGGACUCUGGGGGGUGGGGGUCUCUCAUGCACCCUGUGGGGAAAGGUACCAAGCUGGUGGAGCCGCCCCUUCUGUACAGCACAAGCCCUGCCCCAUCCUGGCCUCAGCCCCGUGGGGCCCACGCAGCCCCCGUGCCCUCCACCGUGAGCUGGUGUCGGGGGGCCGGCUGUCCAGGCAGCAGAGGUACUUGGGAACGGUCCAUGGAUCUCAGCCCGGCUCAGAGGUGGCAGCAGGGGGCCUGACGCUUGCAGCAGCCAGAUGACAUAGGUGACUUUGGAAGCAGCAGGCCCUGUCCUGGCUGAGGGACUCUUGAGAAAUGGGCAAAAGGUGGGAGGCAAGGUCUGAGGAGGCUUGGGGGUGCUGCCUCGGCCACGUGGCCCCCUCUCACCUGGCUUAGUUGGGCUUUGGCUGGUUCCAUUAGGCAAUAUUCAGGUGCUUGCUUGCAACCAAUACCUCCCCGGGGCCUGCUGAGCUGCAGCCUAAGGAGAGACUGGGCAGCCGGGAGGCUGCUUGGCAGCUGUGCUGUUCUGCAAGGGCUGGGAGGCCCUCCCUUGGCUCCUCUCCCCUCCCCCAGGGCUCCACGCUGCUUUCUUGGCCUUCUGGGGGCCCCCUGGUGCUGGAUUCCCACCAACCUUGGGCUUUUGGAGGUUUCAAUCCCUGUGUGUUCGGUGGCGUUUCCCCCUUUUCUCUCUUAUUUUCAAGGCCUUUACCACUCUCAGCCCUGUAUCCAUGUCAAUCACCCCCCAAUCCCCAACUCCGACUCCCCAGCCCACACAGCCGCUGCCUGAGAUAGAACCCUGAGACAGACCCCGCCCACCCUGUGCAGCCUCCCCUCCGCUAUCACCCCAGCUGGGCUGUGGCAGUGCCCCUGGUGCUCUCCUCCAUCCACGCCCGCUCCCUGCAGUGGUCCGGCUGAAAAUGAAUGGUGCCUACAACACACGGUCAGGCCAAGGUGGGCCCACAGACCCACAGUGGGGACCUAGAGACAAAUCAGUAUGUGUGUGUUGGGGGGAGUGCCGUCAGGAAGCAGAUAAAGGCACACCUGACUGGUUUAUUUUCAAUCCAUUCAGGGCCAGUCUAGCAUUCUGGGGGAUGGAGGAGCACUGUCCAGUGUUGGAGACCCAUGGAGAAUGAGUGAGGGAGACCCUCCCAUCCUUGGUGGGAAGGGGUCACUUCUGGUUCUGCCAUAGCCCCAGCCCUGCGGCAAAACUUCCUCAGGGCCACGCCUCCUCACCCUUCUUAGCAAGGCUGACACCUUGAGCUUGCCCCUUAAACAGUAUUACCCUGCCACGCUCAUGGGCAUUGUCAUCUUGGUUGCCCUGCCUUCCCCUGUGACAGGUCCAUUGCUGGCAGUGGACAGGUGAAACCCUCACUCCAGCACACUUCCGGCUCUGCCCCCACUCGCCAAGGGAAGGGGCCCAUCAGAACACAGCCGAUCCCAUGGUACAUGGUCUCUCCUUGACCACACUAUAACUCUUAGGUAGAAAUUAGCCUUUCCCUUUUUAUGGAACAUUAAAAAGUGAUCAUGCCACCUGUGGAGAGAAUCUCCUCUUCCUUGCUCUGCCGCAGCUCCUAGACUGCAUACAGGACCAGCCCAGGGCAGGUGGGCGGGGUGUGGGCAGGAGGCGUGUCCCGGGUGCGGAGAAAGGCUGGGAGACUGUCUUCUGGAGGGUUGCUUUCUGCAGUUGACCCCGUCCAGGACAGGAUGAAGGGUGUUCCCAGCCUCUGCGUCCUGGGUGGACUGUUACAUGCAGGCACGAAGUGCAUUCUGCCUGGGCCAGCCCCACCUUUGGUUUUCCUGCAGCCUCGUAGUUCCAGUGCUUUGGGGCGUCUAGGGAUUCAGGUGUCUAGUGGGGGCAGAUUGCUUUCCAUCUACAGGGGAUUCCAGGGGAAGAAUAUUUUCUGGCUUCCCUGUUCCCUCUAGGUCAUUGUUGCCUUGGUCCUCUUCCCCAGCUCCAUGCCGGUUCAGUCUCUGGAAGCCCAACACCCUGGCAGGCGCUCAGGUGGGCCCCCAGACCACCCGCCCACCUUUGCUCUCGCCUUCCACAAUGGAGUCUGGGGGCCGGCUUGUUGAUGCCUCCCAGCAGAAGGCCUCCACAGUGCUCAGCCUGACCAAGCCCCCGACGGCCCACGGGAUCUGGCUGCCCUGUGGGCAUUCCUUGGCACCAUCUUUUCUCUGCACCCUCUGGACUCCCAAGCGCGGGAGGCCCUGGAGUAAACCUGCCUCGCUGGCAGUGUGCAGAGCACUGUGUUUCUGCUUCCUUCAGGUGCCCCACGGCUCCUAUCGUCCCUCAUAGGGCACAGAGCCCCCUGCAAAGGGAGGUGAUGAGCCAGGGCUUGACCACAGGGUCUGCAGGCUCAAAGCUCACCAGGGGAGCCCAGACUUCCAACUCCUCUUUUUUGAGUAUCUUCAGGGCCCCCUAUUCCUUAGUGCCCAGGGACGCAAUGUUUGGGGUAAUCCCAGCCCUGCUAAGCAGUGGGGGGUGCCGGCGGAGAGAGUCCGCUUGCUCUUUAUGAACCGCUGGUGUUCUGGGCCUCUCCGCUGCACGUCACAGCAUCUCUGAGUUACACAGAUCACCACGUGCUGCCCUGCAUGGUUGAACCGCUUCCAUGUCUGCUGUGUAUCCUGUCCCUCGUGCCCUGUUCCCUAGGAUGCCAGUGAGUCAUAAUGGCAAUCACGAUGGCCUAUGCUUAUUCUCAGCAAUAAUACCUAGGGAGUGCCCAUGGGUCCUUUUGUCCUGGUCCCUUUCCCCUCUGCAUGGGUCUCCUGGGGAGGCAGCUACUGAGUGGGUCAGCUCCUGAGAACCUGUGUUCGUGAAGGUCUGGGCUGUGCAGACAUCACCGCAGGGGAUGCAAAGGGAGGCCCAGCCCCGGAGGAGCUGUGGCUAAGGCAGGGAGAAUACCUUCCACCCUGAGGCCGCCCUGGACCCGGAGGAGCUGCAGGUCCUGGCUCUGCAAACGGGCCUGUGAGGCAGGUGGGACUGUCUCCCAACUGCGGCAGCUCUUCAGGAGGACCCACGACUGGUUUGUGCGCCCAUUGCCUGCUCUGUCUCUGUUGGUCUCUGUCUUUUCACGUUUGUCACAUGAAAUAUACUGGUGUUUGUGUUCCAGGA